CUUGUCAUGUCAAGUUUCUAUACCAAGAAGUUGUUUCGCAAGUUAUUUUUAUCGAAUUUUGUUAGUUAGUAUUUAUUUACUAUGAUUUGAUAAGCGACGUGUUGCUGCAAAUCGUGGCAGUACAGAUUUGACCUGAAACGUGAAGUGUAGUGUGCUCGAUGGGCAUUUGCCUCGUCGCCUUAAAGCCAAGAACAAUAACUCUAAAAUGGGACAGUCUUCGGAAUACACGACUAAGUCAGAUCUGGAUGAGUACCGCUUGAUUUCGAACGACUCCAAGCCCCCCGACAUCAAGUAUGGCAAGGAAAGCUCAUGGGUGGCCGGCGUGCAAAUGUUCGUCUCCUUCCUGCUCGCUGGUUUCGGCAUGGUGGCCGCCAGCCUGCUGCUCGACGUGGUGCAGCAUUGGCCAGUCUUUAUCCAGAUAUCAGAAGUGUAUAUCCUCGUGCCAGCACUACUGGGACUUAAGGGAAACCUAGAAAUGACGUUGGCCUCGCGGCUGUCCACUCAUGCACACUUGGGUCAUCUGGAAUCUAGUCUGGGAUCAUUGGUAGUGGGCAAUCUGUGUCUUGUGCAAUGUCAAGCCGUUUUAGUUGGUUUCCUAGCAGCCAUGGCUGCCGUGGCUAUGGGCUGGAUACCUGAUGGAGACUUUGAUAUUCACCAUGCAUUGUUGUUGUGUGCGUCUAGUGUUCUAACAGCUUCAUUUGCCAGUUUUGUGUUGGGGUUGAUCAUGAUUGGUGUGAUUGUUAUUUCUAAAAAAGUUAAUAUAAAUCCCGAUAACAUUGCCACCCCUAUAGCAGCCAGUCUGGGAGAUUUGACAACCUUGGCACUAUUGUCUUGGAUAGCAUCUUUGUUGUACAGAUCAAUUGGCACAAGUGUGAUUUUACCAUCUAUUAUUAUCAUUGUUGGCGCAGCACUUGUUCCGGUUUGUGGUUAUGUCGCUUGGAAGAACAAAUUCACCCGGCAAGCUUUGGAUGAAGGAUGGGUACCUGUGGUUUCUGCUAUGGUGAUAAGCAGUGUUGGGGGUCUUAUAUUGGAUUAUACUGUUUCUAACUACAAAGGCAUUGCAGUGUUUCAACUGGUCAUCAAUGGUAUUGGAGGCAACAUGGUGGCUGUGCAUGCAUCACGGCUGUCCACCAUGUUACACACUGGAGAGAAGGAGACUGCUGUCAUCAGUGGCACAACAAAACUAUUGCUGCUGAUGGUGAUACCUGGCCAGCUGAUAUUCAUUUAUACAAUAGGCUAUUUAAAGGCUGGUCAUACAUCCGUUACACCUAUUUUUAUCCUAAUCUAUAUGUCAGCUGCACUAUUGCAAGUAUUUCUGUUGUUAACCAUCAGUCAUUACUUGGUGAUGUUGAUGUGGAAGCUAGGGAUGGAUCCAGACAACUCUGCAAUCCCGUACUUGACAGCCCUUGGAGACUUACUUGGCACUGCCCUUCUUGGUGUGGCUUUCCACAUAUUAUAUGCUAUAGGAGAUAAGGAUAGUGAUUUAGGUGAUUAAAUUGUACAUACUUAGUGAGGGCUCAAAAUAGUAAUCUAGUUUUGUAAAGAGAAAAAUGAUGGGCAUUUCUAAAUUAUGGUGCCAUGGAAUCUUGUUACUUAUUUUGUACUUAAAGACUUGUACAUUUUGAUACAAUACCAAAUUUUGUUCUUAAUUAUAAAGAGGCCUAUAUAAAUGUAAGUACAAUAAUUUAUUAUGAAGUUAUUGUUAUUUAUGACUGACUGUGAGUCAACUGCUCUAACUCAUAUCUUGUAAUGUUAUCAAUUUGAAUAACUCAUAAGUUAUAUUAUUAUAGAAACUAUACUUAAUGUAUGUUGUUUUUUGGUGCUACUACUUACUGUUAAUACAUAUUUUUAUACAAAUUCCUUAAAAAGUACCACUUCUCAAUAAAUGUUUAUUUAAUCU